AAUGUGAAGAUGUAAGAUCACAGUCUUCCUGCUUUGUUAUGGCCCCUGCAGCUAAAUUUGUAUUCAGGUUAAAUCUGAAGGCACUGGAUGCCUCCCAUGACAGUUGAACAGGAGCGUAAUGUACAAUGGCACUGAGUUACAUUGAAGCUUUGCUUUCCAGGCACAUAGUCCUUAGAGUCGCUAGCUGACCAGGAUCUGCAGAGAGGAAUAUUUUUUGGAUUGACGCGGACUUUCACUCCUCCUGCAGCAAAAACAGCAAGUAGCACGGCAAAACAAGGGACGAUGAAACGAAUAAAUAAACACAUUGAAGAGUAUCACCUUAUUGCGGAUCCAAUUAUACAGAGGUAGAACUUACUAUUUGGUAGUUGCUCCAGUUACUCUUUAAUUGUCUUUUCUGCAUCCAUUUCCUUGAUGACUGUCGGAUCUAGGACUCCAAUUAUAUACAGAAGUAAUACAUUCUGCAGACAAAGAAGUAGUCAGUGUGGUAAUUGCUUGCAACAUGCUCUGCAAUACGUUGAAAUCUCACGGCUUCACAUAUCAUCACGGCCAACUUUAUUCAUCGUCCUCAUCAAAUGAGGACACGGUGAGAUAAUUGCCUGCUUCUGUAUGAUGCACUCAGUGUAACUGCCUUUUUCAAGUAAUUUUAUUAGCUCAAUCUUUUUGGGGAGAUCCUUUCUUAGCUCUUCUUCUGUUUUAUUUCCCCCUUUUAGCUCUUCUCUUUCUUCCUCCUUCCUUUUUAUCAUAUCUAUGUUCUCUCCCUGUUUCGUUUCUAUUUUGUAACCCAAGGAAUCUAAGGUUUCGAGUCCCUCUCGGAUCUCCUUUUUCCAGCCUCCAGGUAAUGAGCGAUUGAUAGAAGUCACUAUAAAGAUUAUUUGUGUAAAAAUAAAUUAUGACCUCAUGUGUGGUUUUAUAGUAAUAUUUAGUUCUUUCAAAAUAAAAUAUAAAGCAUUUCUAUCUAUAUGAAAUGUGUAAAGCAUUAAGGUUGUGUUUGGUUGGGGUGAAUGAAUAGAAUGGAAUGGAAUGAGUAUAAAUAAAACAAAAUAAUAGAGUGUAGGAGGGAGAAUUUUGAAAAAAAUGAGUGAGUGCAAAUUUUGUAUGAUAGGAUUUGGGUAGAAAAUAGGCAUGAUAAGGAAUGGAGCAUUCCUUCACAAAAUGAAGUUUUUGAGUUCUAGUUAAGGGUGAUAAGAAUGGAAUGGUAGAAGGAAUGAAAUUAUUAUACAUUCAACUAAAUUAUAGUUCAAAUCUCAUUUCAUUCCCUCCAUUUUCAUUCACCCCAACCAAACACAACAUAAGUAUCUCUCGGAUAUCCUUUCCUGUUUUUCCACAUUUGUUCCAUUCUGUCCUUGGCUGAGAACAUAGCUAUUUUCAACUCCUGAUCCAGUAGUUUCACUUCGUCAAAAGGAUUCGUUCCGGUUUUUCGCUUGCAUAUCUAUUUUCAGGUUCAAUUUCAUUUCCAGUAGUAUUUGAAGAACAUAGUCUGUUUUCUCCUCUCUAUUUAUUAAAUGUUCCAUUCUACCUGUCAAUUUUUGUACAGGUUUGCGAAUAUUUGAUCUUCUUUGAUCUCAGGGUUUUGGCAAAUGGGAUUCGAAAAAUACAAGGCCAGUCAUUUUUGCAUAACAUAGUGUCCUCAGGAUAUGUGUUUAAGGGGGGACAAGUUUAUGGGUAUGCUGCUAAAUUUUACACGGGCUCGUUGAUAUGCACUCCAAGUGCUGGAGGAUUUUGGAGGAGGAAUGGGCGGAAUUAUGUUUCUUUGAUUGCUAUGAUUAGUGGUUACUCUCAAAAUAGUGAGGAGUUUCGAAUGAUUGAGUGUUUUUGAGCUAUUAAAGCCGAAGAUGUUGAAUGUAAUUAGUAUACAUUUCCUAUGAUAUUUAUGGUUCGUGCAGCAUUAUUUGUUCGUGGUACAAGUGCAUGGUUGUGUUGUUCGUGGUGAUUUUGGGACAAAUGUGUUUGUUGCGAGUUUUUAGUUGACAUGUAUGCCAAAUGCAGGGAUUCAGUAGAUCAAAAGUGUAGGAAUUGAGGGACUGAUGAUGCGAUUUCAUGAAACUCUAUAAUAGUUUGGUGCGUUAGGCAUGAUUUAAAAGAAGCAGCACUAUUAUGAAAUUCUAUGAUAGUUGCUUGAUUGAUCUCUUAGCAUGGUCUAGGUAAAUCUAUGAUAGUUGCUUGCAUAAUUGAUCUUUUAAUUAGGACGCCCCGAGAAAAUAUUGCUCAGAGAAGUUUCAGCAAUGGCUGUCAAGAGAGUAGCUGUUCUCACAAUGACUUGUUUGAGCUUAACCCCUCUAAUUAUAAGCCCUUGUUCUCUUUUAUCCUCUCUUUUUCAUUCUCAUUUUCUUCCUUUCUCUACUAAGCCUAACCCUAAUUCACAACCCAAACCCCCCUUUAUUCCUUCUCCAUCCACCACUCAUACUCGACUAAAACAAUUACUCUAUCAUAAAUCUAAGGUUGGUUUCGAUAAACUAGAAGAUGCGCUGCUAGUGUUCGAUAAAAUGCUCCUUCUGAAAUCUGGGCCUCUUGUUCUGCAAUUUAACCAACUGUUAACUGCCCUUGUUCGGAUGAAAGAAUACUCUGUAGCUGUCUCCAUGUUUAGAGAAUUGUGUGUCUUAAGCAUUCCUGUUGAUAUUGUUACUUUUAAUACUACUAUUCAUUCCUGUUGUCACUUGAAUACGCUUGAUUAUGCCUUUUCAUUGCUUGCUGGAAUCAUCAAGAGUGGUCAUGUCCCUAGUGUUGUUACAUACAACACUCUCAUCAAGGGCCUUCUAUCUCAAGGCAGGCCUUUGGAGGCUGAAAAUUUGUUUAAGAAGCUUAUCGGAUUACAAGAUAUUCAGCCCAAUGUAGUUAUGUAUAACACAGUCAUUGAUGGUCUCUGCAAAACUUCAAACACCUCCUCGGCUCUCAAGUUGUUAAGAGAGAUGGAGGAUAUAGGUUGCAGACCCAAUAUUGUAACUUUUACCCCGAUUAUUGAUUCUUUGUGCAAAGAGAGACGAGUCGAUCAUGCAUUGGAUCUUGUGUCUGAAAUGACCCACAAAGGCAUAUCACCUAAUGUUUUAACCUAUAACAGAUUACUUCAAAGUCUUUGCAGCUCCAGCCGCUGGGAGGACAUUGAGCGGUUGUUAAGUGAGAUGGGUGUUCAGAAGAUCCCUCCUGAUUCGCACACCUAUAGUAUAUUAGUUGAUGCAUACUGCAAAGAAGGGAGGACAAAAGAUGCUCAAGAUGUUAUUGAAAUUAUGAUCGAGAAAGGUGUGCCUCCUAAUGUAAUCACCUACAGUACGCUUAUGCAUGGAUUUUGUUUAAGAGGCAACACUGACAGGGCAUUAGAGGUGCUGAAUACCAUAAGGAGUAAUGGUAUAGCGCCAGAUUGUUAUAGCUAUACCACUCUGAUAAAUGGCUAUUGUAAGAGGCAGGAACUAGACAAAGCCAUCAAUCUCCUUAGACAAAUGCAUGUUGAAGCUAUAAAACCCGAUGUUCAAACCUACAGCACCAUCAUACAUGGUCUGUUUCAGAUGGGUAGACAUGGUGAGGUGCGAAACCUUUUCCAUGAAAUGCUAGAAAAAGGUAACAAACCAAAUAUAGUAACAUGUCGAAUUUUGUUGGAUGGCCUUUGCAAGAACCAAUACAUGGAUGAAGCAAUUUCCUUCUUUCAAAUGAUGGAAUGUACAGGUAUAGUUUAUGAUAUUAAAAUACAUAAUAUCCUCAUUGAUGGUCUCUGCAAGAACAGAAAACUUGAUGAGGCCAGAAAUAUUUUUGAUAAGCUUGCUUUGAGAGGUUUGCAACCCGAUGUCAUAACACACAACAUAAUGAUCAGAGGACUUUGUCAAGAAGGGUUAUUUGAGGAAGCAAAGGAACUACUUUCUAAAAUGGAAACGAGUGUUUGUUUGCCUGAUGGUGUGACUUAUAAUACCAUCAUCCGUGGAAGUCUUUUGAAUAAAAGAUAUGAAGAAGCAGUUGUAUUGAUCAAAAGUAUGCGAGCUCACAAAUUCUCAGCAGAUGCAUCUACCUCGUCCAUGGUACUAGACCUAUUAUCCAAAGAAGAACAGGACCCAUCCAUUCUUUCUUUUCGCAACUGGUAUUUGCAAUAGAGCGUUCUGGGAAAAUACUUGAGGCUGAGAAGUUACCGAAUGAGAUGGAUGUCGAAUAUGAUGCAACCGUAUGGAAAGCAUUGCUUUCAGCAUGUAGAGUAAAUGGAGUAAUAGUUAGUUCUUUCAAAAUGAAAUAUAAAACAUCUCUAUCUAUAUGAAAUAUGUGAACUUGCCUUUAUUGUGUUUCCACAUCUGUUCCGUUCUGCCUUUGGCUGAAAAAAACUUAUGUUUUACUUUCAGCAUUUUAAUAAGGUUUUUCAUGGCAAUACUGUCUGAUAUCUUAUUCAGCUUUUCUAAUCUCUCUCCAAAUUUAUUUAAACUGUUCGCCGCUUUGUCACCCACAGGUUCACUCGCCUCCAAGAAAUACCUAUUUUUGGCCAGCCAAUUUAACAGGUUUGCUCUUUCCAACUGCUGAUCAAGUCGUUCCACUUCGUCAAAAGCAUCUGCUUCCAUUUCCUUUUUCUUAUCUUCGUCCGUCUAUAGUUUCAGUUUCUCUAGUAUUUGAAGAGCGUACUCUGUUUUCUCCACUCUAUUUAUUAAAACUUCCAUUCUAUCUGUCAAUGCUUUGUACAGGUCUGUGACCAGUACCUGUUGCUUCUUCCUUUCAAACUCCAAAUCCAAUGCGCUAAACAAAUGAAUAAUGUGAUGAACCCAAUUUAACUUUUUUUGGCUUGUCUGCAAUACAAAAACGCAGACUCCAAAUUAAACCGAUAAUAUUAGGAUACAAAAUAAGACCUGAACCAAGAUGUAUAUGACUUACGGGCAGUUUGGAAUUUCUUAACAUACUCAACAGCUGCAUCAUAGCACCCCAACGUAGAAUAAUCCAGUAUUCAACAUUGUCAUCUAUCUUCACCUUAUCAUCUUUGCAUUCAGCAUUGUCAUCUAUCUCCGCCUUGUCAUCUACCUAUCAUCUUUGCAUUCAGCAUUGUCAUCUAUCUCCCCCCUUAUCAUCUUUGCAUUCAGCAUUAUCAUCUAUCUUCGAUUUGGGAAUUGAUAUUUGAAGUGUUCCAGAUUUUUGUGUGCCACAAAGUUUCCCACUUUCUUUUAGUGACUCAAAUUCAUCGAUAAUGCUUUUGAUGAAUUUACUGUACUCAUCACCAUCGUCUUUGUUAAGGUCUAGAAUAUGCGGUUUAUCUUUAUGAGGUGAAACCAUGGUGGAAGGAGAGGGCGUAUUUUCCAUAUAAGCUUUCAAGAUAUUAGAAAAGAAGCGAAGAAAGAUGUUGUGUUU